UUACUAUUUCAGGUAAAUCUUUAAAAGCAUCGAAACGGAGGUGCCUUUUUAUACCCGAGACUGUACUGAAGACAGCUUGAAGGGUCGAUCAGCUUCGUUAGCUCGCACUCUCGCUAGGAAACAUGCAUUAAAAUGUACUUCCCCUUCUUGGAAGCUGUGAAAGCCUUCCCCCAGGGAGGCUGCUUUCGGUGAAGCGUCGCACCGCGCAGAGACGCCGAUCUGCGGCACACACGCCUGAAUAUACCGCAGCUAUGAAGACUGGGACUUUCAAGCACCCUGCAUAAUAUUUUGUUUAUCUUGUUUAUCGUUCAUUGCUGAUGUUUUAUAUCCACCGGCGUUGUUGAAAGUUUAAGAAGAAACGCACGGCCGUUAGGUGAUGUCCUGCGUCCUCGGCUGGCAGUGAACCUGAGCUCUUCGGGCACCAACAUGAAGUUCGACGGGUACCUGAAAGUGAGGAUUGGAGAGGCGGCGGAGCUUAAGCCGACCACCUAUUCCCUUCGCCACUCCAAGGUUUUUAACAAGAACUCCUUAGCCAUGGAUCCUUACAUUGUGGUCAAGGUGGACGAUUAUAAGAUCGGGCAGACCCACACCAAGCAGAAGACCACCAGGCCGACGUUCAACGAGGAGUUCUGCGUGAACGUGCGCGGCGGCCAGGCGCUGGAGCUGGCCGCCUUCCACGAGACGCCGAUCGGCUACGACGACUUCGUGGCCAACGCUGUCGUCCAGCUGGAAGACCUGCUCAAAUUCUCAGCUAUGAAUGAGACCUACGAAGGAUGGCUGGACCUGGAACCCGAGGGCAAGGUCUAUGUCUUCAUUUCUCUGACAGGCUCCUUCACUGAUGAGGAGGCCACAGCCAACCCAAGGCAACUGAGGAAGUUCACACGGAAGCACCAGGGGGCGUUGCGGAGGAAGGUCCACCAGGUUAAUGGUCACAAGUUCAUGGCCACCUUCCUGCGGCAGCCCACUUUUUGUUGUCACUGCAAGGAGUUCAUCUGGGGUGUGUUCGGGAAGCAGGGCUACCAGUGCCAAGUCUGCACCUGUGUCGUCCACAAGCGCUGCCACCAGCUGGUGGUGAUGGCGUGCCCACGCAUGAAGAAGGUCGACGCAGAGGAGGCCAGCACUCAGGGAUUCAGCAUCAACGUUCCUCACAAAUUUAACAUCCACAACUACAUGGCACCUACUUUCUGUGACCACUGUGGCUCGCUGCUGUGGGGCCUCAUCAAGCAGGGCCUGCAUUGCAAGAUCUGUAAGAUGAACGUCCACAUCCGCUGCAAGGGCAACGUCGCUCCCAGCUGUGGGGUCAACAGCGUGGAGUUGGCCAACUGCCUGAAGGAGAUGGGCUUGCAGGCGGGCGGACUCUCCAGACAUGGCUCCUUGGCACAACAAGCCACAUGUAAUCAACGAAGCCCUACUUCAAAGGGACAAAGCCCCACUGAAAGUGAAAAACAGAAGAGCAAGCGUCUUGGCUUGGCCGACUUCACUUUCCUGCAGGUUCUGGGAAAAGGCAGCUUUGGCAAGGUGAUGCUUGCACGCCUGGAUAAAACGGAGGAGGUGUUUGCUGUGAAGCUGCUGAAGAAGGACGUCAUCCUCCAGGAUGAUGACGUGGAGUGCACCAUGACGGAGAAGAGGGUCUUGUCCCUGGCUCAUAGCCACCCCUACCUGACGCAGCUGUAUUGCUGCUUCCAGACGCCGGUCAGUCACGUCCCCUGGGCUCAUACCUGCACACUAGUGGACAAACAUACACAGUCACUGAUAGUUACUAUCACUUCUUGGAAUUUCACAAAACUGCAUCAUAAAGAGGCAGCCAGACUACAGAUGUGGGUUUUCGGACGGAUCGUUUCCUGUGUUUUGAAUGUUCUGGGGGUAUUUGAGUCCUUCUCCUCGUCCCCGCAGCUCCUGACCAAAAACCCUGACCAGCGGCUGGGCUCUGUGUCGGCCAGCGGAGGGGAGAGCGCCAUCGCCAAGCACAUCUUCUUCCGCUCCAUCGACUGGGAGCUGCUGAACCGAAGGGAGCUCGAGCCUCCAUUCAAGCCCCGGAUUAAAACCACGGAGGAUGUGAGCAACUUUGACCCAGAUUUUACACAAGAGGAGGCCUCACUCACGCCUAUCGAGGAGCCUGUAAUUCCCUCCAUCUCUCAGGGCGUCUUCAGGAACUUUUCUUAUACGUCUCCAGAGCUUUUGGAAAGAUAGAGCUUCCUCUGUCGCCCUCCAUCAGAGCUGCCCGCCACGUCCCCGGUUAUGCUGCCUUUUGCUGGCCUCUUCCAGAUACUCCAGAUACUAAUGGAGGAGUGCAGUUGAAGAGGUGUUUUGGCCGCUUGCCGCGUUCUUAUCGGAGCUCUGCGGAGCGUGUGACCUCGUCAGCUCUGAGACACGCGUUCGCAUUACUUCUGAUUCCCAGAAACGUCUGAAACCGAUGCUCAGUGAUGAGACCCAGCUCCUUCUGAGGCCCGCCUGAAUGAGUGCAAAGUCUUCAGCAAUCUAUUAGCGCUAAAGCUUCAUAAAGUAGUUCUCCUAGCUUGUGUGAGAUGUGCCGGCUGUCUGUUGUGUUGGGACUGGGACUGGUUGCUUGACUGGACUUCACACAGCACACACAACUGGUUAGGUCCACAAAAAAAGUGGAAAGCAGACCUUCGAACCGGCAACUAAACUCCAGUGCGGCUUGCUGAUGCUGAUCUGCUGACAUGCGCAUUUUCAUGCACCUCAUGUUUACUUUCUUCAGAGGGAAAAUGGAUUUUUUUCUCUAGGCAGAGUAUUGCCUCAGUAUGACUUCAGCCCCCAGCGCAGGAUUGGCACCAUUGUCUCCAGUCAGCUUACUGGGCCUGAAUGCACAGGCAUCCCAGUCUGCCUCAGUAAUAAUAAUAUUUCCUGUGACAUUUUCCUCAUUAUUAAAUGUGUCAUUUUUACAUGGAAAAUCAUGAAGACGGAUGCU